AUGGCCCACAACCGAAGAGACUCCCAAUCUUUCAUGGAUGAUUUCGAUGGGGAUGAUAACGAAGAACAUAACACACAAUCUGCUGAUUACAGGAGUGAGCACAGUAAUCAAUGUGACAGUGACGAGGAGGGGCAUCGUAAAACGCACCCUGAAUCUUCUUUCAUUUCUCAGCAGUGGCCUCAAACUUAUAGAGAUGCCAUUGAUUCUUACACAAUAUCUGUGGCUCCAAAUAUUGAAUCAAUAAUACGAGCACCAAGUGUUAUUUAUUCAAGCUUUAUCGGUGGUGGUUCAAAGAGUAUGUUGGAACAUGAUGAAAGGACUUCUUUUCUAUCUGGUGAGGAAAUCAUUCAAGCAGGGAUAUCAAGAAGACAAUCAACAUGGUGGGAAAAAGCUUCAAUUCAAAUGCAAAUUCCUGAAGAGUUACCAAUUGGUUAUGGAUGCAGCCUCAGUCAAACAAUAUUUAACGGGAUUAAUGUGAUGGCUGGAGUUGGACUUCUUUCUACACCAUAUACAGUGAAACAAGCUGGGUGGGCAAGCAUGCUUGUGAUGCUUUUCUUUGCAAUUGUAUGUUGUUAUACAGCAGAUCUUAUGAAACACUGCUUUGAAAGUGAAGAAGGUAUCGUUAGCUACCCUGAUAUAGGAGAAGCUGCAUUUGGAAGAUAUGGUCGCCUUAUUGUAUCAAUCAUUUUGUACGUUGAGUUAUAUUCAUAUUGUGUAGAGUUUAUCAUCUUGGAAGGAGAUAACCUCUCUGGGUUGUUCCCCGGAACAUCCUUAGAUUGGGGGGGUUUCCACUUGGACACCAAACACUUGUUUGGAAUUUUAACUGCGCUUAUCAUUCUUCCGACUGUUUGGUUAAAGGAUCUACGCAUACUCUCGUAUCUCUCAGCUGGAGGGGUUGUGUCUACUACUUUGGUUAUUUUGUGUGUUUUUCUUGUUGGGACAAGAGAUGAUGUUGGAUUCCACCACAGUGGUUCAUUGGUGAAUUGGAGUGGCAUUCCUUUUGCUGUUGGUAUCUACGGGUUUUGCUUUGCAGGACAUUCAGUUUUUCCAAACAUUUAUCAGUCGAUGGCAGACAAAAGAGAAUUUACCAAGGCUGUCAUUGUAAGUUUUCUUAUAUGCACAGUUGUGUAUGGAAGCUCAGCUGUGAUGGGAUUUCUAAUGUUUGGUGAAGGGACUUUGUCUCAGAUAACAUUGAAUUUACCACGUAAUGCAUUGGCUUCCAAAGUUGCUUUGUGGACAAUAGUAAUUAGCCCAUUAACCAAAUAUGCUUUGAUGAUGAACCCAUUGGCAAGGAGCGUUGAUGAGUUGCUACCGAUUAGCAUGUCAAAUAGUUAUUGGUGUUUCAUUACUCUUAGAACAGUGUUGGUUAUAUCUACAGUUUGUGCCGCUUUUAUGAUUCCAUUUUUUGGGCUUGUGAUGGCUUUAAUAGGUUCUCUCCUCAGUCUACUAGUGGCAGUGGUGUUGCCAUCUUUAUGCUUUUUGAAAAUUGUGGGAAAAAACGCUACAUGUACACAGGUUGUUCUUAGCGUCAUAAUUGCUGUGCUUGGAAUUGCUGCUGCUUUGAUCGGAACAUACUCAUCUGUAUUCAAAAUUAUGCAAAAAUAA